UGUGUGUGUGUGUGUGUGUGUGUGUGUGUGUGUGUAACACAGCCUCAUCAUUAAUUUUCUUUUGUGUGUUUGAGAGUGAACCCAGAGAGAGCAGAGGAGGGUGGAUGUGGAUAAAGUUGGUGGGUGUAGCUUCAUUCAGACAGACAGCAGCUCUCUCUCUCUCUCUCUCUCUCUCUCUCUCUCUCAGUGAGCGCGUGCCUCUCGGUCGGAGCAGCAGCUCGUGCUCAAACACAAACGCGCACCGCGAGCGGACUCACUGCUGCUGAACAGGCGGCACGAGACUCUUCUUCCUCCUCACCACCAUCACCACCAUCACCCUCCUCCUCGUCCUCCUCCUCCUCCUGCUGCUCCUCCUGCUGCUCCUCCUCCUCCUGCUCGGUGGAUGGAGGGAUGCUAACCGGAGACCUUCAUCAUCAUCAUCUUCAUCAGCAGCGGGAGCGGAGGGAGAGAGCAGCGGCAGCAGCGGCGUCUCUUCGCGGGCUAAAAAGUUGAGGAGGAUCCGGUUUAAUACCGGAGCACCGGAGGGGCCCGUGCCCGCCGUUAACCCGGGAUAAUCCGCCUGACACGGUUUGCUUCUACUUUGGACUCCGUGGAAACGGAUCCGGUGUUUUCUGGAGGGAUUAAUUGUGUAUUUAACGGAUCACUGACGGCGCUUUCAAGGAUCCCUCUACGGUCCCCGGUGCUGAAACUGAGCUCCGGUGUGUGUGAGCGGAGGGGCCCCCGGUUGGUAUUUGUCUCCUCACCGGAUUCCCGCUGUUUAAACUGUUGUGACGUUAAAAACGAGCCCAGGUGUGUGUUGUAACGGAUUCCCGGUGGGUUAACGGAUCAAUAACGGAUUUUAACUCCAUCACGGAUUUCUUUGUGUUUGACAUCUGAGGUGUUUUAACGGAGCUCUGGCGUUAGUGUAACGGAUCCCCGGACAGUCCCGGCUGGACCGCUGACCGACGGUAACCCCGGCCCCCUCCCCCGCUGAUAAUAAAGCAGGUGGAGUUAACGGAGGGAGAUAACGGGCUGAAAGAAGUCUCUCUCUCACCGGGCUCCCCUGAACUCAAGGGACCGAGUGCCGGUAGAGACGGACCCGGGGCUCACCUCCUCCCGCCGGGGACCGGAGAGGAGAAGUUACCGGAGCAGCAGAGGAGUUGACCGGGAUGUUUACCGGCUGCAUCCGACGUCCUCGAGGACCGUUAACGACCGGACAAGGCUCAUCAUUACCACCACACCGAUCUCAUUAACGGAAUGCAUUGAUUGGUGGAUUCCGUUACCGGAUAAAAGCCGCCCCUUUCUCCCGUUUCUGCUGCGUCCGAUUGGAAUCCACCGGAUCGAUACAUUCCCGGGGAUCAAUCAUCCCGAAUCCAUUCUUCAUCCAUCAGCACUCACGAGCUGUGGAGCAGGAUCGUUUAGACCCGGCGGAGGAGCCGAGUGAAUUAUCUCCUGCACGCUGAAAUAAAGCCACAUGCCGGCCGUAAAUUAUCCACUUAACCCCCUCCAGAGACACACAGGCUGCAGGGAGACAGGCAGGGAGACAUAGAGCCCCGCUGCAGGGAGACAGGCAGGGAGACAUAGAGCCCCGCUGCAGGGAGACAGGCAGGGAGACAUAGAGCCCCGCUGCAGGGAGACAGGCAGGGAGACACAGACCCGGGCUGCAGGGAGACAGGCAGGGAGACAUAGAGCCCGGCUGCAGGGAGACAGGCAGGGAGACGUAGACCCGGGCUGCAGGGAGACAGGCAGGGAGACACUGACCCGGGCUGCAGGGAGACAGGCAGGGAGACAGGCAGAGACAUAGACCCGGGCUGCAGGGAGACAGGCAGAGACACAGACCCGGGCUGCAGGGAGACAGGCAGAGACAUAGACCCGGGCUGCAGGGAGACAGUUAUUACCCAAAUAUUUCUGCAGAUAAAGAAACAAAAAGGUCAUUUCAGCCUCAAACUGAGCGAAAAUCUCAAAAUUCCUAAAGACACAUUUGGAAAAUUCUUCAUUUUAUCACAAAAUCUGGACAAAAAAUAACAAAAUGUGGUGAAUUUUUUCACUAAAGUAACUAAAACUUUCAAUUUCUUGACAAAUUUAAACGUUUAUUAAUAUAAAAACACAAACUCCUGGCUCAUGAGGUGCUGAUCUGGGUUCGAGCCUCUGCUCUUAAUAAUCGUGGAGAUCCUCGCAGUUCAUCCGUGGCUCCUAACACUGACCUUAAUGUUCUGCGAGGCACUUUCAUCUCCCUCUGUGUCAUCAUAGUAAUCCCAUAAUAGUCUGCUCGGGGUUUAUUUAUGCUUUAUUGCAGGUCUGGAGGAGCUUUAACUCAGAAGAAAUUAACUUUAUAACAACCCGGAGAAAAUAACCUGCUGCUUUAAACCUCCUCUGUUGGUUUUUGGUUGCUGGGAUGCGUUCGGAUCAAGAGGCUGUUUGUGAAGCUCAAAAUGAGGAUUUCCAUCAUCUGAGAGCGAUUUUAAUAAAUCUGUGACUUCAGGUUGUUUGUGAGCGAACAGGAUCUGAGCGAGGCUUUGUUCACCGCCGUCUGUGCUGCUUUGGAGUUGAGCUUACCCAGCUGAUUCCCAGUGAAAGCCUAUGGAUGGUACGCUCACUGUAUAGCCACAUCCUCAACAGCAUACCUCCUCCUCCUCCUCCUCCUCAGCCGCCUCGAGAACUUGUAAUCGAGCCAUGCAGCAUUGAUUUUUUUUUCUUUCCCCUUCACCGCAAAACCAAAACGCACACGACCAUCUCAUCCCUUUCUGGUUUGUCAGUUUUGUUUGUCUGAAAUGUAAGACGUGCCGCGGUGUUGAUUUUCCACCUCGAGCCUGAGCUGAAGGACGUUCAUAACGGUCCAGCGGCGCCGGGGUCAGAGGUCAGGCUCUCAGAAAUAUAACUGCAGGAGUUUGAGCUGCAGAGACGGGCGGUUUGACAGACUGAAGACUUUCUGACUCGUCUGAGCUGAGCAUAGAUGAGAGUUUUCCUGCAGCGUCAGGACGUUUCUUUGCUGUUAGAGUGACACUUUCAGAUCAAUGGGACUAAACGACAGCAGCCCGGGCGCCAUGCGCAAUGGCCGCGGCCUCUCGGACCAGUGGGCAGAGUCAGUGGUGGUCCGGCCUCGAACCACCGAGCGCCACAUCACGGUGCACAAGCGCCUGGUGCUGGGCUUCGCCCUCUCCAUUCUCACCCUCAUCAUUGUCACGGCGGUGGCUGUGGUGCUCAGCGUCCGCUUCGAGGAGUGCGGCGGACGAGAUCGGGACGGAGCAAUGGGGGAGUCGGGCUCACGAGGCACCGGAGGGUCAUCGAAGUUGAACGGGAGCAGAGGGGAGAGGACGGGGGAGAGAGGGGACGACGAGGCGGUCCAGCCGUGGAGGAACUCGAGGCUGCCGGGGUCUCUGAGGCCGCGGCACUACGACCUGCGGCUCGCUGUCUACAUGGACAACUUCACCUUCUCUGGAGAGGUCAGCAUCGAGCUGGAGUGCGUCAACGCCACCAGAUUCAUCGUCCUGCACACUGACCGCCUUGAGGUGGACCGCGUGUCUGUCACAGCAGAGGGAGGCGCCGGUGGCCGGCCCGCCAACAGGCCCGGGGGCGGAGCCAUGCGCAUCCACCGCCACUUCCCCUACCCGGCCAAUCAGAUGUACGUGGUGGUUCUGCACCGCGAGCUGAAGCCGAUGAGAGUUUACCGGCUGAACAUGAGCUUCGACGCCGCCAUCGAGGACGAGUUGCUGGGCUUCUUCAGGAGCUCGUACACCCUGCAGAGAGAGAGACGGUACCUGGCGGUGACUCAGUUCAGUCCGAUCCACGCCAGGAAGGCCUUCCCCUGCUUCGACGAGCCCGUCUACAAGGCCACGUUCACCCUCACCCUCCGCCACGACCCUCAGUACACCUCGCUAUCCAACAUGCCCGUGGAGAGCACCUCGCUGGCGGACGAGGACGGCUGGGUGACCAACCGCUUCGCCCGCACGCCACGCAUGUCCACGUACUACCUGGCCUGGGCCGUCUGUAACUUCACCUACAAGGAGACGCAGACCGACAGCGGCGUGACGAUCCGCCUGUACGCUCGGCCGGAUGCCAUUUCUAGUGGCGCAGGGGACUACGCUCUCCACAUCACCAAGAGGCUUCUGGGAUUUUACCAGGACUACUUUAAAGUCCAGUACUCACUGCCCAAGCUCGACUUGCUGGCGGUGCCCAAACAUCCCUACGCCGCCAUGGAGAACUGGGGGCUGAGCGUCUUUGUGGAGCAGAAGAUCCUACUGGACGCUGAGGUGUCGUCCUCGUCCUAUCAGAUGGAACUGACCAUGGUGGUCGUCCACGAAAUCUGCCACCAGUGGUUUGGUGAUCUGGUGACUCCGGUGUGGUGGGAGGACGUCUGGUUGAAAGAAGGCUUUGCUCAUUUCUUCGAGUACGUCGGCACUGACUUCCUCUUCCCAAAGUGGAACAUGGAGAAGCAGCGCUUCCUGACCGAUGUCCUCCACGAGGUGAUGCUAUUGGAUGGCCUAAGUUCCUCCCACCCGAUCUCACAGGAAGUGGAGCAGGCAACCGACAUCGACCGAGUCUUUGACUGGAUCGCCUACAAAAAGGGGGCAGCGUUGAUCCGGAUGCUGGCGAACGUGAUGGGACAGACGCUGUUCCAGAAAGGACUCAAUGAUUACCUGCUGAGUCACAUGUACAGCAACGCAGCCAGAGACGACCUGUGGAACAAACUGUCUCAGGCCAUGCGUUCAGAGGGGCGGGACAUCAACAUUGGACAGAUGAUGGACAGGUGGACUCUGCAGAUGGGCUACCCUGUCGUAACCAUCAGCAAGAACCAAUCAGAGCAGCUCCCCACUCAUUACAUCACUAUCAGCCAGGAGCACUUCCUGUAUGGACAGGAAGUCAAGAGCAACAACAGUUUACAGUGGCAGGUUCCUCUGACUGUCGCCGUGGGAAACGCUUCCAGUGUUUGCUCAGAGAGCCUCAUCUGGAUCAACAACAGGACAGAAACUCACAGGAUUGGUCAGAUGGACGACAACACGUGGUUGCUAGGCAACAUCAAUCAGACAGGCUACUUCCGUGUGAACUAUGACCUCCAGAACUGGAAACUGCUGAUUCAGCAGCUGCACAACAACGCUCAGAUCAUCUCAGUAGGAAACAGGGCAGGACUAAUUGAUGAUGCCUUCAACCUGGCCAGGGCCGGGUACCUCCCACAGGGCAUCCCCUUGCAGCUGAUUGGCUACCUGCCGGAGGAGUCGUCCUUCCUGCCGUGGCACUCCGCCAGCCGAGCGCUCUACCAGCUGGACAAACUGCUGGACCGCACGGAUGAGUACAGCCUGUUCAGUGACUAUGUGCUGAAGCAGGUUGCAUCACGGUACCAUCAGAUGGGUUGGCCAACAAACGGCCCCAGCAGCGAGGGCAACGUGCUGCAGGCAUCCUACCAGACUGAGGAGUUACAGCGGGAGCUCAUCAUGUUAGCGUGUAGCUUUGGGAACAAGCAGUGCCACCGUCAGGCCGUCGCCUACAUCUCUGACUGGAUCUCCAGCAACAAGAACAGGAUCCCUCCGAACAUCAGAGACAUAGUUUACUGCACCGGGGUGAGUCUGAUGGACGAGGACGUGUGGGAGUUCAUCUGGACACAACCUCAUCUAUUCUCCUUCUUAAAUACAAAGAGAGUUUCCCAAACAGUUUCUGCUCUCAGCUGUGCCAGCACCAUAUUUAAUAUAAACAGGUUACUGAACCUGUCCUUGACCUCUGACCUGGUCCCAGAGCAGGACGUGAUCGACGUCAUCAUCCACGUGGGCAGAAACCCUCAGGGUCGAAACCUCGCCUGGAAGUACUUCAGAGAAAAGUGGGAUAUCCUCAACGCACGAUAUGGCGAAGCGCUGUUCAUGAAUUCGAAGCUCAUCGGUGGAGUCACAGAGUUCCUGAACACUGAGAGAGAACUCAAUGAGUUAAAGGAGUUCAUCCAGACCAACAGCGUUGGGGCGGGGCCUGCGUUGCCGCGGGCGCUGGAGAUCGUCGAGGGCAACGUGCGCUGGCACCGCCUCCACCGACGGCAGUUCUACCAGUGGCUGCGCAAACCUCCAAGCCCCACCCUCGGCUAACGCUACACCAGCUAGCUAGAGUGAAGCGACUGCAAACUGACUGCUAACUCAAUGCUAACGCACUGCUAGCUAACAGAUGCAGUCAGAUAAUACUACAAAAAAAAUGACUGAGUGAAGAGAGACUGACCUGAGUGUUUCUCUGCUGGUUUUGCUUUUAAAGAAUUUUGUUUGCAAAGUUUUUUGUUUCAGAAAUAUAUUUCUUCAAAGCUGCACGUUAGCUAGUGAUCACUGAAUCGGUAAUCGCAAGCUAGCAACUAGCCUCAAAACUCCCCAGUGACUAAACCACAACAACUUCUGAGUUUAAAUAGAAGCAGAUGAUUUGAACAACAAUUUAACAAACUUUUAACAGACAAUAUGUCAUUUUCUGCUGUCUCAAUCAAAACAAUAGCAAAAGACAGAGCAAUCCCGUCACUGCAGUCAGUUUCUCCAGGUUAGGAUUCAGUGUUACUCGUUCAGGAGGUUUUUACCAGGAGCUGAAUUAUCCUCAGAAGUCUCUUCCUCUCUGAAACAAACAGACACGGUGAUUCAAAACAGUAAAAACACUGAAUAAAGCAGAUUCACGUUAUAAGUCUGUGUUUCUCAGAUGCACUCUGGUUCAUCGUGGACGGGUUGUUAGCCCAGCACCUCCUAAUCUGCGCUCACCUUUUGUGUCUGAUAACGUAGAUCCAGAUGUUCAGGAGGUUUUUACUGUGAGCUGAAAUAUCCACAGAGAUCUCUUCCUCUCUAAAACAAACAGACCAGCUGAUUUAAACCGUUAAACACACUCAAUGAAGCUGCUUCAUGUUAAAGAUCAGUGUUUCUCUGACGCUGUUCAGCAUGGCAGAGGCUGUUAAUAUUUGUUCAGCUCGUUUCUCUGAUAACUUGCGAUCCAGAUGUUCAGGAGGUUUUAACCAUGAGCUGAAUUAUUCCCAGAAGUCUCCUCCUCUCCAAACAAAUGGCCCUGAUGAUUUAAACCAGUAUAAACACGUAAUAAACCAGUUUCAUGCUGAAAAUCAAGGUUUCUCUGACACUGUUUGGCACAGCAGGGACCGGAGCCGAGCUUCCUCUGAUGAAAUGGCAAAGAUAUAAAAGUACAUCAUAAAAAUGUGAUUAAAAAGUCAAUUAAAGACAGCUUAUGGCAGAAAACACAAAGAGGAUUAGACGCUACUGACAGGUGACAGCGACCACAUGAUACAGACCGUGUUCUUGAUUAAAAUGUUGCUCUGGGUCUGAACUUUGUUGGAAGCGUUUGGGAUGAAUUUUAAAACUCAACAAAAUAUAAAACAUUGGCCUUGUUUUUUUUUUCGACAAUUUAAUGUGGAAAAGUUACACAGUAUGUCUUUAAGCAUUUCUACUUCAGUAGUAAAAGUUAAAAUCUAUGAAACACAUUCAGUAUUUGAUCUGCAAAAAAAUUAGUUGCCAAUGUGUCUGUGUCACUCUGCAGUUACACCUCCAGAACACUAGUUGGCAGUAAAGUUUGACUGAUUCAAAACACACAAUAAACAUUUCUUAAUAGUGACAACAUCAAACACAAGUACACAAAUUGACUUCAUUAUAACUACAAAUACAACAUGCUAAUGUUAUUAGCACAAGCCUAUGGCAUUUUACAUUGUAUAAAUUAGCCUAGCUGCUAGCGGAGUUUUCCUCUACUCAUAUGAAGCCAGGGACAACAGCAACAUUUAACAAAGGUAAUGUUAUAAAAUUCAGCUCCAUUACAACUCACAAGGUUCACUGACAAAACAACUGUCUUAUACUAAACAUGUUUUCCAAACAAAUACAACAUGCUAACGUUAUUAGCACAAGCCUAUGGCAUUUUACAUUGUAUAAAUUAGCCUAGCAGCUAGUGGAGUUUUCCUCUGCUCAUAUUUCAGCCAGGAUAAAUCACACACAGUGUGUGGAGGCUUUAUUGUACAGAAAUAAACAGGAGGUCUGCGUCGCCACAACACAUGGUGUCAUUUUUGGGGGAGCAGCGCAUCAGGCUACAGUGUAAGGUACAUGAAUUUGUAGUGCCUUCGCCAUAGGUACAGCGUCAGUUCGAUGCAAAAGGAUAAACCCCACCAAACAUAUUCCAGCAGUAGGUAAUGGUUGGUUUAUUGACUUAAAAAGCAAAGUUGUGUUUUCAGGCAGUUUUCUGUUAACGACAAAAUAACCAACGAUAAUUAAAAGACUGUGGAGCUUUCCUGACAAACAUGAGACACUGAAGGUUAAUGUUGUGAUGUGACAUCACAUGAAGGUAGAUGUUUGUUCAGGAGACACAGAUGUCAGACACUCCCUCAUCUCCAUCACCUCCGUCUGACAGCUUCUCAUGUCCGAGCUAAUGAUCUGAAAAUCAGAUCCAGAUCAGACCAGAACCUUUGACUGUCUAAUUUGACCCUGAAACUGACCUGAAAUCAGGGAAAACAUCCAGGCCAAAUGUCUUGCUCUUAAAGGAACAGGCACCGUCUGUGACAGGAUGGAUAAAUAUUCCGAUCUGUAAUUUUCUGCCUCUUGAUUGGCUGUCUAAAGAUGAAACUGGUGUUUUCAGCUCCGCUUGGCUUCAAUCCAAAGUCUUCACUAACCAGAGACCCUGAACAGUUUAAAUCGGACCUUCCUGUGUUCGCUACAUUAAACCGGCUGACAUUAAAAGGCAGAUUAACCAGCAUUCAGCUGCAUGUCGAUCAUUGAACAGAGAUGUAAUUAACACAACAUGGACUCGGUGUCCUCUGAUCACAGCACUCAGAGGACUCAUUCAGACUCAUUAACUCCCCACAACACUCAGACUGCUUCAGCGUGAAUUUAAAGAGCAGCUUUGUUUUUUCAGGAUCAAAAACUCCAGCAGUUUGGAAAAUAUCAGCGGGUCUGGGAGGCUUUGGUGGGGCCUCGCUUCAGAAAUGUACUUUGAAUAUAAAAGCUCAUAAUAACUUCAAAAUUUUCACUCUAAACCACAGAGAGCGCCACAUGGAGGAGAACAGUUUCCCACUACAGAGCAGUGAUGCUGUGGUCCGUGUUGUGUUUGAACCGCAGAGCUAAAAAUGCUUUUCAAAGGCUCAGAGUGAAAACAAAUUAACCAGACACAAAUGGGUUCUCACAUUAAAGGUAUGAAGGGAUAAAGCUCAGGUGCAGCAGAGACUGAAUCUGACGUUCUUCACAUUUAGAUCAACAGAGUUUGGAACGGAAACAAAAUGUGUGACAGUUCCAGUUUUCAUUUGCCAGUUGCUCUUGUUAGCCUUCAACCUGUUCUCACUCGUAAGUCUGACGCUUUGUCCCGCCCCUCGGCGUCUCAUAGUGACGCACAGGGCACCCUUUGGCGUCUCUAUGUGACACACAGUUGAGACACGUUAUAACUGGGGGUGGGGAAAUAAUGGAUACAGCAUAGUGUCGUGAUAUUUUUGUGUGGCAGUAUCGUAUGAUCACACAAGGCCAAUUGACUCUUUUAUGAUAUAAAUGACUAAUAUGACAAAUAUGAAUGAUAUAAUCAAUAUCAUCAAUAUAAUCAAUGCAAAAAAAAUGUCUGCAGUGAGAUGAACAGACUGAAAACUUUAACUUAUUAGAUAAAAGAGACGUGACACAGUUUUCCGUUGGGGACAGUUGCAAUAUAUGUUAUCGCUAUACUCAGCAUAUUGCAGCAUAUUUAAAAUCAACAUUGUAUCGUGACUCAAAGGGAUAGUGCAGCCAAAAAUGAAAAUUCAGCCAUUAUCUACUCACCCAUAUGCCGAGGGAGGCUCAGGUGAAGUUUUAGAGUCCUCACAUCACUUGCAGAGAUCCAAGGGGAGAGGAGGUAGCAACACAACUCCACCUAAUGGAGGCUGACGGCGCCCCAGAUUCAAACGUCCAAAAACACAUCAUUGAAACCACAAAAUAUCUCCAUACUGCUCGUCCGUAGUGAUCCAAGUGUCCUGAAGCCCCGACAUAAAAAGUUGUUUGGAAAAACCUCAUUUGAACUCUGUUUUUAGCCUCAUUGUAGCCUGUAGCUCUGACUGCCUCUCUCUCGCUUGCGUGCGAGACCAGCGAAAGCACGUGAACACACGUGAAGGCGGUGCCCAUGUCUCACGGUCUCGCACACACGUGAGUGUGGUGCCCAGAGAGGCAGACGUUCAGAAUCAGAAUGUCUUUUAUUUAUCCCGUUGGCUUUUUGAUGAGGGAAUUAGGGUGACGCUAACCUUUGUGUCAGUCUACAGAAGUCGUCCCUGCAGCGCUUUAUUUCAUCAGUUAGAAAGUGUAGGUCACAUGAUUCAGGACAUCAAGCUUUGUUCUAACGUCACUUCGUUCACCCAUUUUCUGAUUUAGGUGUAAAUGUUGUGGCAAAUUAAGAUGGCGGAGACCAAUCAAAGUUUCAUGUCAGAUGGUUAAUAUAUGUAUCUGUUAUCAGCAUAGACAAAGCCGUGCAUCAUGGGAUUUGUAGUCAAACUUCUCAUUCUCUAAACACUGCAAUUCCAGUGUAAUUGUGGGAAGUUAUGACACUACAAACUACAUAUUGUACAUUCAGAAUUCAGACAGUAAAAUGACAGUGAACAAAAAUAAUGAACUACUUUGACACAGCUCAUGUUAAAAUAGUUUCCCCAAACUCCGCCCACCUGAAAUCUGUCAGCCAAUGAACUCACUCGACCUCGUAAACCCUGACAGUAACUCCUGAGAGGGAAUAAGAGAAUAAAGGAAGUGACAGAUGGAUGAGAAUCUGUCUUUGUGUCAGACUCAGAGGAGUCGAGGGACGAUGAAUCUGACAGUGGACUGACUUUGAACUGACUUUAGAGAUUUAAACUCUGACCAAAUAAAAACUCAGCAGAUCUCAUUCGUUUCAGAAAAAAGCACAAAACCAUGAAGUUGUUUAAAAGAGGAGGCACAUCGGCCUUGGCUGCUGGACACAAACUAAAGUCACAACACAAAGAUAUUUUUUUAGCCAAUCAGCUUUCAAUAAAUCCUUUUUGUUUGUUUGUUUGGUCCCCAGAUGGAUGUUUAAAUGGUUUUAGGAAGGAGGAUGGUAAAACUGGGGAGAGAAAAAUGGUAGACAAGACAAUUGAGUUUAUGUUGAGUGUCUUUAUAUGCAGACGAUGUGGUGUUUUUAAUGACAGAUUCAAACUUAUUAUCAGUGGGCUUUUACAGCUUGUGUUGGAUGGGGUUUAAAAAAAAAGACAGACUCUGCAGUGUGAUGGAUUUUGUGGCGUGAUGGGAUUCACAGUGUAACCUAAAAUCUUACCCGUCAGCAGUGUUGUAAAUUUCACAGAGUGAUGUAUGAAUUAAAUCCAGAGCCUGACUGACCUUUGAGGCUUUACGGUGCGAUGGAUUCUUCAGUGUUAUCUGUUCUUUGAUGGAUUUUAUGGCACGAUGGAAACUACAGCGUUGACAAUGCGACAAUGAAACGACUUACAGCCAUACUGAGUGACAACUCCACAGUUCGACAUAUUUGACGGGACAAUGGAAUCUUCGAUGUGACGAAUCUCUCUGGAAAAUACAACAAAUCUGUAGCAGAGGAUCUGACGAAGUCACAGUGUUCCUGCAGUAUGGAUUGUACAGUUUAACGGGCUCUGCAGUGUUGGAUGGAUUCUACGGCUUAUAAGUCUGAUUUUACAGCCGGAUGGAUUCUCCAGGGUGUGGACGUCCCUCCCCUUCCCCCCUCAGAUUUUAAAUGUAAAUGAUAUUAACGUGAGACUGAACUGUGUCUUGGAAUCAAAAAGCUGGACACCUGUGUUUGUUUUUGGGGGCAACUCCACAGUCCAGGUAAAUCUUUGGAAAAGGACUUUAAUGAAUAAAAUGUUGAUGAACUUCUGAAGGGUCGGUGCCAUGAACCUCCGUCCUGUCGAACAGACUCUCUGAAGUUACUCCUCUUCUGCUAGAUCCGGCUUUGAUGUUAAUAAUUGAGCCAUAUAUGAAUUAAUGGGCCUGCCUGCUUCUAUACACUGUGUGUCCAGUGUGUGUGUGUGUGUGGGUGGGGGUGCGGGGGUGUGCGUGCGUGUGUGUGUGUGACGAAGACGAUGAUGAAGGUUGCAGCAGCGGUGGUGGCGGCAAUGACUGUUGUGCCUGUCAUGGUGAUUAAAAUUGUGAUAAUUAAAGUUAUUAUGAUUAUGAUCAGGACGAUGGCGGAUCUGAUGAUGGUGGUUGAGUUGGUAAUGAUAAUUGUUGAUGAUGUGACAAAGCUAAUUAGUAUUAUCAUAAUUACUAUGCUAAUUAUUCAAUGCAUUUCGAACCUUUAUUGUCCUGUCAGGGAGAUUCGGUUUACAGACAUGAAGCACACGUGUACAAUAAACAAACGAUAUUUAAACUUAAAAUGUGAUUUGAAGAUGUUGAAGGAGACGAAGAUUGUGUUCAUGAUGACUGUGAUCAUAAUGACGACGACGAUGAUGAUGAUGAUGAUGAUGACUUGGGACCAAAAUAUGAGGGAAACAGGAAGUCGCAGAGUUGAGUUUAAUCCUACUUCCUGUUUGCACUGCUGUGGUUUCCUGUGUUUUCUGAUUGGAUGAUAUUA